UUUCCUAAAUUAACUCCAAGAUUUUCAUGUUUAUGGAAGUUCUUAAUAAAGUCGGGGACGAUCCUGAAACCAGCAAUACAAGUCCCACUAUUUUAGCUCCAGUGCGUCACAACAUCCUAGUGAAUUUAAUUAAUUGUCACUUAAUACUGUGAUUGACAAUGGAAGUCCUAGAUCCAAAAAUUACUCACGACGACACGCCACUCUUUACCAAUGAUUCUAUUGAAAAAUUGACAUUGAGGCAGAGACCAGAAGACACAAAAUCCUUUGUGAAAGCGAGAUAUACAUUAGAAUUUCCAGGAUUCGUGCUGGUGUAUGUAAUGCGAGUUAAUCUUCAGCUACCAUUGUAUCGAUGGUUAAUCAGAUGGCCUACCCUGAUAAUAUUGACCUCAAUGAUUCCUCUCUUGUCAAUGAUACAUUUGUACCCACGACGAGGCUCCGGGAGUCGGGAACCAGACCUCAAUCUCGAAAACUGCAAGUUUGUAGUGAAAAACGAGCAGGAUCUGGACCACAUGCUGAUUGACAAGGACCAAGGUUUGGAUCAGCUGUUUGAUGAUAAUCACCACCGGUUCAUUGUUCCUGACCAAAAUUUCGAGAGUUAUAUUGAUGAUUGUCGUCCAGUUAAGAAUCAGGGAGUUGAUCAGCUGAUCAGGAAAGAUCAAGGUUUGGAUUCAGGGCAUCAUAGGUUUAGUGAGAAAGAUUUUGGUAGAUAUGUUAAUAUUUAUAAUUUAUCACUAAUAAAGCAUAAAAUAAAAAAAAAACAAUUUGAUCUAAACAGGUUAACUCUUUAUUUUUAUUUCAUUUCACCAUAA